AUCUUUAAAAGAUCCUUUUGCUGAGAGCUUUGUUGAUUUUUUUGAAGAUUUCCUGUGCACAGAUUUUAUGUUUUGGGGCUCAGAACGAUGUGCUGUCUCUGUGAAACUGAAUCAUGCACAGAGUGAGUUUUUUAUGGUUCCUGGAUCAGUUCCCCACAUCGCUUUGGCUAAAGCUCAAUCUGACACGUGGGAAGAGCUGGGAUCGUUUGUGCUAUGCUGUCUGAGCACCGGUGAUUGGGCUCCUACAGCAACACCUGGAGUUGAAUUCUCCCCCUCUCUGAAAGUUCACAGAGCAAAGUGUGAGCUCUCUCUUGACUGUUUUCUUUCUGUGUGCCAGUUGCCGGUAACCAAAGUCGACUGUUUAACCGCUCUGGCGAUAAAUGAGUCUGGCUCCAUUGAUGACUGGCUAUCUCAGGUCCCAGAUCAGUUAUGGGCAAAAAGCAAAUAUGAUGUUGGUUUGAUAAAAGGUGUUGAACCUGUGAUUGUGACCCCCAAAUCUGAUUUCAGGCUGAAACUGAAACAAUACCCUUUAAAAAAGGAAGCUGCUGAUGGAAUCACUCCUGUGUUUGAAUCUUUGCUAAAGGCUGGUGUUAUUGUACAGUGUGAGGCCUCACCUGUACAAACACCCAUUUUUCCUGUAAAAAAAUGAGAGAAAAACCACCACAUGACUGGCGCUUUGUCCAGGAUCUCAGGGCAGUAAACUCUGCUGUUGUUGCGAGAGAAGCUGUGGUCCCAAAUCCUUACACUAUUUUAUCACAAAUACCAGCUGUGGCCACAUAUUUUAGUGUGAUCGAUCUGAGUAAUGCAUUUUCAGCAUCCCUGUUGACAAAAAUAGCCAGUUCUGGUUUGCAUUUGAGUUUAAAGGUGCUUGUUACACUUUCACUCGGCUGUGCCAGGGUUAUGUGGAAUCCCCCACCAUCUUUCAUGAAGCUUUGUGCAGAAACCUGUCAUCUUUCACGCUGCCACCUGGAUCUGCCCUUGUGCAGUACAUUGAUUACCUUCUGGUGGCCUCUCCUUCUAAGGCACAGUGUGAGAGGGACACUGUGGCAUUGUUAUGUUAUCUGGCGGAGCAGGGUCACAAGGUCAGUCUCUCUAAGCUGCAGUUUGUAAAACCGCAGGUGUCGUUCCUAGGGCAUGUCUUAUCUGCUGCAGGUAGGAGGCUGUCUCCACAGCGUGUCUCAGCCAUCACUUCCACGCCCCGUCCUGUCACAAAGAAGCAGCUGAUGUCUUUCCUAGGGUUGGUUGGCCAUUGUAGGCAUUUCAUCAUUAACUACUCACAGUUAGAAUGGCCUCUUAGAGAAAUCUGUCACGCCCCCGGCCUGGUGCCAUCUGGAAGUGUUGUGUGGUCUCCUGAAGGGGAGGAUGCUUUUGUGGUUUUGAAAAAGGCUCUGCAGAGUGCUCCGUGUCUGGGAAUUGCAGACAUGACACAGCCAUUUUAUCAGCAUGUUGACYAAAGAUCUGGCUGCAUGACCUCGGUGCUAAGCCAGAUGCAUGGUGAUAAGAUGAGACCUGUUGGUUUUUUUAGCGCUAAGCUAGACGCAGUAGCUGCCGGGCUGCCUAAAUGUUUGCGUGCUGUAGCAGCAGCUGAAAAGGCUAUCUUAGCGUCACGUGACAUCGUGGGGCAUUCAAAUCUGACCUUGUUUGUCCCUCACGCUGUAGAACAAAUUCUAAAUGAACAAAAAACAUCACAUCUCAGCGCGGCCCAUUAUACGCAUUAUUUUGCGUGUGUCCUUGAAAGCCCCAAAGUCACUGUGCGUCACUGCUCAGCUCUAAAUCCAGCCACGCUAGUUCCUCUGUCUGACGAAGGACAGCCACAUGACUGRGUCGCAGAGUUAGAGCUGAGUUGCAACCCUCGUCCGGACCUGUCUGAUAAACCUCUGAGCCUACCUGAGGCUCACCUGUUUGUAGACGGUUCAGCACGACGGGACAUGGGAACAGGUGAGAAUAAGGUUGGGUUUGCUGUGGUGAAUGAGAACGCUGAUGUACUCUGCUCCUCCUCGUUACCAGGUCACCUGUCUGCUCAAGCUGCUGAGCUAAUCACUUUAAAAGAAGCGUGUAGAUGGGCUGAGAACAAGAAAGUAAACAUUUACACUGACAGCAGGUACGCUUUUGGGGUGGUGCAUGAUUUCGGUGCUCUAUGGAAGCACAGGAAGUUCCUGAAAUCUGAUGGUUCACCAAUUUUGAAUCAUAAACUGGUGGCUGCAUUGCUGGAAGCCAUCCUUUUACCAAAAGAAAUAGCAGUCUGCAAAUGUGCUGCUCAUUCGAACAGCACUGACCCAGUUUCAGUUGGAAACAGAGCUGCUGACGAUGCCGCUAAAAAAGCUGCUUAUGGACCACAAGUGUUUACAUUCUUUGAAGAUAAGACUGCAGAGCCCUGCUCGCUGAAGGACAUGCAGUCUUUCUCCACUGCUCCGGAGAGGCAGGCCUGGAAGAAAGCAGGUUGUACCUUUGAAAAUGACGUUUGGGUGGGGCCUGACUCCAAAGCUUGUUUGCCGAAACACUUUUUCAACCAUUUUGCAAAACUGUCACAUGGCUUAGAUCAUGCUUCAAAAUGUGGCAUGACCGCUAUGGUAAAUACUCACUGGUUUGCUCCUGGUUUCAACACUGUUGCUCAGAAAUACUGUCAGUCCUGCAUGAUUUGUGCCAAGCUGAAUGCAGGGAGGCCAAUUAAAAGUAAAACGGAAGUAAAAGCUGCUCUCCCGACUCCAGCGGACCACCCCCUCCACGACCUGAGGCCCGGUGACCACAUCCUAGUGAGGAACCUCAGACGAGCGACCUGGAAGUCCGAGCGUUGGAUUGGGCCGUUCCAGAUUCUGCUGGUUACCCGGACGGCCAUAAAGAUCGCAGAGCGAGAGACUUGGAUCCACAUCUCCCACUGCAGGAAGGUCCUGCAUCCCCCCAGAGUAGAGCCGGACGGUACUACUCCUACAUCUGAGCACGAGGCCACUGCUACGACCUCGGCUCCUGRUUUGUGA